GACGGCCAUUCCAUCCAUUGCUUUCAGUUCAUGUAGGAUUUUUCUUUUACUUUAUAUAUAUUAUGAUCAAAGCUCCUGCAAGCAUGAGCGGAUUAAACAUGGCGAGAAUGCGUGCCCAGGAAAGAAGGCAGAACAAACUCCCGCCAGUCGGAGCAGGAAGGGAGGGAGCGGCGGGUGUUAUGAAAGCGAGCAGUUGCCGAACAAGGCGUAUAAAACCAGCGGGACCGCAGCGAGACAGCAGUCAUCCUCGACUCUCCACACACACUCGGCGCAACCAUGAGACUGCUUCUGGCAUGCACCAUCUUGCUGGUUGCCAUAGCCACAGUCCAGGCCGCAACCACUGAAGAAAAGAAGCAUGAGAAGCGAGGGCUACUGAGUAGCUACGGGAGUGGCUAUGGAAGCAGCUAUGGUGGCGGCUACGGGGGCGGCUAUGGUGGUGGCUACGGAGGCGGCUACGGAGGCGGCUACGGAGGCGGCUACGGAGGCGGCUACGGAGGCGGCUACGGAGGCGGCUAUGGUGGCGGCUACGGCCUGGGCGGUGGUCUUGGAUACGGCUCUGGCAUCGGUUCCGGCAUUGGGUUUGGCUCAGGUGCCGGCCUUGGUAUCGGCUCUGGUAUCGGAGUGGCGGUGUCAGCUCCGGCAGUGAGGACCGUGACUCAAGCAGUAGCGGUUCCAGUGGCCCAGCCCGUACCUGUGACCAUCAACAGGCCCGUGCCCGUACCUGUAGCACAGCCCAUCCCAGUGUCGGUACCCAGGCCCUACCCCGUCAGUGUCCCUCAUCCCGUACCUGUCUCUGUGCCCAGGCCGUACCCUGUGAGUGUGCCCAGGCCAGUAGCUGUGCCUGUGCCUCAGGCCGUGCCUGUGCCAGUCCCUCAGCCCUACCCCGUCAGCGUGCCUCAGCCGGUCCCUGUGCAAGUGCCUCAGCCCGUGGCUGUGCCAGUGCCUCAGCCCGUCACCGUCACUAGGCCAGUGUUCAUCUCCUCCGGCCAAGGAGGCGGCUUCGGCGGCGCCGGGGGCUUUGGCUACGCUAACGGGAUUGGAGGCGGCAUCGGCGGCGGCUACGGAGGCGGCAUCGGCGGAGGCUACGGAGGUGGCUACGGAGGCGGCUACGGAGGAGGCAUCGAUGGCGGCUACGGUUCUGAACACGGAGGCAGCAGCUUGGGAGCUAUCGGCUACGGCUCAGGACUCAGCUAUGGAUCCGGGUCUAGCCACGGCUUCAGUUCCGGCUACAGCUCUGGAUAUGGUUAUGGCCAUGGAUUAGGAUACAGCAAGCACUGAUGAAAAAUACCGCACAUAAGACUGUGUUCGCCUAGUCAGCUGCGAAAUGAAUCGUCUUUUUUUAUACUUGAUCACCCACCAAAGACACCAAGAUGUCGAUUUUUACUUGUUAUUUUUGCGAUGGAAAAAUUAUUUGUUUUCAAGAUAUUAAACAUAUUUUGGCCUCAA